CAGCAUUUGUCACUCAGCUUCUGAGUAACUUCAGUAACUCCGCCAGGAAAGGUCCAUUCUGGUCCAAAUGGCUCACACGCCGUACGUGGUAUUUUUCUUUCUUCUGCUGACUGAGCUCAGCAUUGGCCAAAGAGAAGUAACAAUUCAGAAAGGACCGCUGUUCAGAGCUGCAGGUUACCCAGUCAGCAUCAGCUGUAAUGUAACCGGGCACCAGGGACCUUUGGAGCAGAAUUUCCAGUGGUCUGUUUACCUGCCAACAGCCCCAACCCAGGAAGUCCAGAUCAUCAGCACCCAGGACGCCACCUUCUCUUAUGCCAUGUAUGCACAGCGCGUGCGAAGCAAGGGAAUCUACGUGGAGAGGAUCCAAGGCAACGCAGUCUUGUUCCACAUCGCAGAGCUCCAGAUGAAGGAUACUGGGGAGUAUGAGUGUCACACACCGAGCACGGAUGAAAAAUACUAUGGAAGCUACAGUGCCAAGACUAAUCUAAUAGUUAUUCCAGAUACACUCGCGGCCACCAUGAGUUCUCAGAGUCUCAAUAAGGUGGAAGGUGAGCCAUUAGAACUCACUUGUGAGGCUUCCAAAGCCACAGCUCAACAUACCCACCUCUCUGUCACCUGGUACCUGAUCCAGGAUGGAGGAAGAAGCCAAGCCACCAAGAUUAUUUCUCUCUCCAAAGAUUUUAUGUUGAUUGCUGGCCCUGCUUAUACUGAGAGGUUUGUAGCCGGUGAUGUGCGGUUCGACAAGCUCGGGGUCACCACCUUCAGGCUGUCCAUACAGAGGCUCCGGUCCUCAGAUCAAGGUCAGCUGUUCUGUGAGGCAACUGAAUGGAUUCAGGAUCCAGAUAAAACCUGGACUUUGAUCACAAAAAAGCAAACAAAUCAAACAACUCUGAGGAUCCAGCCAGUAGUGAAAGAGUUUCAAGUCAACAUUACAGGUGAGAGCGUGUUCUCUGAAGGGAACCCGUUAGAAUUGGUUUGCCUGGUUGUGGGCAGCAGUCGGGACCCACAGCUUCAGGGCCUUUGGUUCUUCAAUGAAAUUGAAAUUGGCCACAUUGAUGCUGGUGGAGUCCUGAGCAUGAAGAAAGACUACAAAGAGAGAGCUAGUCAAGGGCAGCUCCAGAUUUCAAAGUUAAGCUCCAAGGUUUUCUCGCUCAAGAUCUUCUCUGUGGGCCCCGAGGAUGAAGGCGCCUACAGAUGUGCAGUGGCGGAGAUGGCGAGAACUCAGAUGGGCUCCUGGCAGGUGCUUCAGAGGAAGCAGUCACCAGUCAACCACGUGCGCCUGAGGAAGCCAGCAGGAAGAAGUGUAAUUGUCUCUACCACAAACAAGCAGCAAACUGUGUGGGAAGGAGAGAGACUCGCCCUGCUCUGUAAGGCCAGUGGAGCUGAAAGUCCUCUGUCUGUGAGUUGGUGGCAUAUCCCACAAAACCAGACACAGCCGGAAUUUGUGGCUGGCAUGGGGCAGGAUGGCAUUGUGCAGCAGGGUGCCUCCUACGGGAGACCCGGUUACCAUGGCAACACCAGGCUGGAGAAAGUGGACUGGGCCACCUUCCAGCUUGAGGUCACCUCUCCCACCGUCACAGACAGUGGCGUAUAUGAGUGCACAGUGUCAGAAAGGACCCGGAAUCAGGCCAAAGAUCUUAGCUGGACUCAGAAGAUUGUGAUUACUGUAAGAUCUCUGAAGUCAAGUUUACAAGUUAGUCUGAUGAGCCGUCAACCACAAGUGAAGUUAAGCAACACCUUUGACCUCACUUGCAUGGUGGGGGCCAGCUACUCUGGCCUCAUGGUACCACUCACCGUGACAUGGCAGUUCCAGCCAGCUCGGUCUCAAGCCUUUCACCAGCUUAUUCGUGUCACCCAUAAUGGUACCAUUGAAUGGGGAGACUUCCUAUCUCAAUUCCAAAAGAAGACGAAGGUUUCCAUGUCUUCAUUUCGUUCUCAACUCCAAAUCCAUGAUGCCUCUGAGGAAGAGACAGGGUUGUAUCAGUGUAAAGUAGAAGUUUAUGAUAGAAGUUCCCUGCACACAAAUAGCCCUGUGAGGGCUUCUGCCAGCUCUCAUCCAUUGAGGAUAGCUGUCACUUUGCCAGAGAGUAAGCUAAAAUUGAACUCAAGUAGUCAAGUCCAAGAGAUGGUCAUCAACUCCAACACUGACAUAGAAUGUAGCAUCUUGUCCCGGUCCACUGGAAACCUUCACUUAGCCAUUAUUUGGUACUUUUCUCCUGUUUCUACUAAUGCAUCCUGGCUGAAGAUCUUGGAAAUGGACCAAAGUGAUGUUGUAAAAUAUGGGGAUGAAUUUCACACUCCACGGAGAAAACAAAAAUUUCACAUGGAGAAAGUUUCUCAAGACGCCUUUCAGCUGCAUAUUCUGAAUGUGGAAGAUGGUGAUCAGGGGAGAUAUCACUGUGCUGUAGAGGAAUGGCUCUUGUUUACUAAUGGCACUUGGUACAAGCUUGGAGAAAAGAAGUCAGGGCUAACGGAAUUGAGACUCAAGCCUACAGGAAGUAAGGUCCAUGUCUCCGAAGUACACUGGACAGAAAAUGCUACCGAGCACAGAGGGGUGGACCUCCGCUGCAGCCUGGAGAGUUCCGGCAGCCCUGCCUCCCUGUACUCUGUGAUGUGGUACUGGACCAGAGACACCGCUGGAAGUAAAAUGCUGGUGCACCUGCAGCACGAUGGCUUGUUGGAGUACAGUGAUGAGACACUCAGGAGGCGCCUGCACUGUUACCGUGCGUCCCCGACAGACUUUGUCCUGAGACUUCAUUCAGUAGAGAUGGAGGAUGCCGGAAUGUACUGGUGCAGGGUAGCGGAGUGGCAGCUUCAGAGCCACCCAAGCAAGUGGGUCAGCCAAGCAUCAGAUGAGUCACAGCGCAUGGUGCUCACCGUCUUGCCAUCAGAGUCUACAUUUCUUUCCUGGAUCCGCUCCUCGGCCCCUUUCCUCUAUUUUCUGUGCAUCUGCCCCUUCAUCAUGCUCAUUCUUCUGCUUAUUUCCCUCCUCUGCUUGUACUGGAAGGCCAGGAAGUUGUCCACGCUGAGUUUCAAUGCACAGAAAGACAAGGACCUCUGGGUGGACUUGAAAAGGGCUGGAGGCAGGACCACACUCAGGAGGGAAGAGGAAGAGGAAGAGGAAUCCUGAGAGGCGCUUGAAGCUCCCUGGAAGGAUGUGGACUGUCCAGGAUGUGAGCAGCAAAUCCUUGUCCUGUCUUUCACUGUGUCUGUGGUCCUGGGCAACAUCCCCAGGAAUCAGAAGAAAUCAUUAUUGAGCGUGUGUGUGGUGCCAAACACCAUGAUGUUUCUUUGUGUAUCCUCGCAUUUCCCCAGGAGCUUGAUACCCUCGUUACUGCAUUUUAUAUUUUCCUCUGUUUGGGCAGUGAAGUAUCUCCCUCACACAGCCUUGCACAGCCCCAGCUGGGGCUGCCCUCUCCUCUCCAUGGUCACUGAUUCCCUUGGAAACACUCAGAUUCCAGAAUGGCCCAGUUGCAGUGACUGUAGGUAAUCUUUUCCUCUAGGUAAGCAGUGUGGGAAAGCUGUUGUUUACCUGUAUCUGCCUUCCCGAGCAGACGGUCAUUUCUUUCAAGAGGAGUCCAAUGUCCUUCCUCCAUUCAAUCAGCAAAUGUCCACUCAAGAGAGAGCUGUGUGGGAUAGUCCGUGACAUGGUGGUUGAAGCCACUAGAUCCCACAUGUUCGACUGUGUGGUUUACGCCCUGGACCCCGCAGCGUGAGAAACACUCCAGCACAUGCCCAUGAGUGCCCAAAGUCCUCGAAGGAAGGAGAGAUGGAAGAGAAGAGAUUGCGGUAUGACCAUCCCCUGAGGGGGGUGCUUUCUCACUUUCUCUCCCUCUACUGGGGUUGUGCCCUCUGGCCAAUUUAAAUAAAUAAAUGCGAGCACUGCAUAGUAGUGGGUACUUAAUUAAUAUUGGU